AUGUGGCACUUCGGACUUUUCCCUUUGACUCUGGUACUUGGGCUUCUUGCACGUGCAGAAGCCCAAGGUGCCCCCGAACUCCCAUCAAAUGAUGAAUUUUAUAAACCCCCUUCAGGCUGGGCCGAGAAGGAACUUGGCGAUAUCCUCGCUCGCCGCCCGGUAUCCAUCGUAUCCGAGCACAUCCCUGACUACGAAGCCUGGCAGCUGCUCUACGUUACCCAGGACCUCUACGAACAAAAGACCACGUCUGUUACUACCAUCAUAGUCCCGCAAGGAGCCAACACGAGCCGCAUUCUGUCCUACCAGAUUGCCUACGAUUCACCGGAUGUCAACUGCUCCCCUUCUUAUGGACUGCAGCCCGGCGCUAAUGAGGCUGCGAUUCCGUUCACUCAGGGCCAAAUGAAUUACAUAGCCGAGAUCCUGAGGGAUGACGCCCCGCCGGUUCUAAACAUCCCCGACUAUGAAGGAUCUAAUGCCGCGUUCACUGUGGGGCCCCAGAGCGCCUAUCAGACCUUAGACUCGAUCCGUGCUGCGACCCGAUCCGGAGAGACUACAGGGAUUGAUGAGGGUGCGGAGAUCGUCUUGUUUGGCUACUCUGGGGGCGCCUACGCCUCCGAAUGGGCAGUUGAACUUCAUGGUGACUGCUGCGCGGAAGAUGUUAAUAUCAUCGGCGCUGCGAUCGGUGGGCCUCCGACGAAUAUUAUCAAGACCUACCGAAAUGUUAAUGUCUUUGUUUAUCCACCGUUGAAUGUUUGGGCUAUGCUGGGUGUGAUGAAUGCAAUCCCCGAGAUUAACGAUUUCAUGGAGGGAGACCUAAAACCCGAACACAAACGCAAGUUCCUUCAGCGCCGCGAGCGCUGUAGCGAACCCGACGAGCCAUUCGAGGAAAUAUUACCUUUUUCCAAUAUCAGCAACUGGUUCGUACAGGGAGACUAUUUCUUGACCAAGUUCGAACCCGAACUUACGGAGAUUGGCGUCUUGGGUAACCACAUCUCGGAAGAAAAUCCCCCAACCUUCCCCCUCUACAUUUUUCAGGGCGGGCUGGACGCAGUCACGAUGCCCCUUAAUGACACCGUAGCGCUGAAGGCGAAGUUCUGCGAUGCAGGAACCCCGGUGUUUAUGAAGGUAUACACGUUGCGAGACCACCUUGGUGCCGCCGACGUCGGUUCCCCACCUGCCAUGGAGUGGAUUAGAGCGGUUUUCAAUGGCGAGGAGAUCGAGACAAACUGUGCCGGGUCCUUCGCGGAAGAUUCUGCCGCGGAUGUUCUUGGGGGGGUUGCUCAGUGA